AUGAGGGGACGUGGAAGGGUUAAGCAGCCCAGAGGACCGGUUCGACUUCCUUCUAGUAAAAGCCAAGAGGAGGCGAAUGUAGAUGACGGACAAGAGCAUGAGCUGCAGUUCCCACGGGCAUCGACAGGACUUAGGGAUAUGGAGCUUCAGAUAUGGGUACCAUUUGCAUCUGGUGUACAACCAUGUCAUAGGAAUCGAUCAGGUCCACCAGUUCCACCAUGUACCGAUGCAUUACCUCCCCGUCCCCUUCCACCUCCUCACCGUCACACUCAUUGUCCUCACCAUCAUACUCCAGCUCCACGACCUGCGGUAUCACAUUCACAUUCACCUCAACCUGCAUCCACUUUUGCUACUGCAUCAGAUAGAGGGACAGGAUCUGCAUCAGCAUCUACUCCAUCAUCUGGUCCAGCAUCUACUCCAGCAUCAGUGGGAUUGACCACUGUUGUAGGCGGCACACAGUCAUUUCGACAGACCAUUUCACUCAUUAAUAACAAUUUACAUCCAUCGGAGAUGUGCAGUCGCAAGAUUACUCUGAUAAUAAAAGAAAGAUUGGUCGCGAAAGGGCACUGUUGGAAGACAGUGCCAAAUGACACCAAGGAGUUUUAUUGGCAGGAAUUCAAGAAAAAGGCAGCUGAAAGAUACAGGGGCUUAAUAUGGGAAAUCAAGAAAGGGAAGACAAAGAAUCUUGCUACACCAGAUUCUAUUUUGAGGAAGUGGCAGGAAAUUUGGAACACUUCUGAAUAUAAAGAGAAGUGUGACAAGUUUUCUGCCAAUAGGCGCAGUGAGGCUGGAGGGUCAGGAUCUGGCAUUUCCAGGCACGCAUGCGGUUCAGUUUCACAGUAUACCCACCAGCGGAGGAUGAGAGAAAGACUAGGCAGAGAACCACAUCCUCAUGAGCUUUUUGAGGCCACACAUAAGAGAAAGGGGACGGAGGAGUUUGUUGAUGCGAGGUCAAAAGCUAUUUAUGAUAAAUACGUACAACUGAAGGAGGCUGCAACACAGCAACAAGAGGGAAGCAAUGAGCCGACGCCCAUAAAUGAGGCCCAGCUGUACUAUGAAGCGGUUGGCGGGCAGAAAAAGAGUCGAGUUUAUGGGUUAGGAUCCUAG